CGCGCGGGGAGAGCAAAGUUGAGAGGUGGCAAUCAAUGGCCUCCUUUCCGUUCCCAACCUGCAGAACAAGUUUCCCUUUGUCGAAAGAAGGGGCCUGCCGCCGCCGUCCACCUGGGGCCGGGUGCGCUGCCUUUGAUUGCCUCUGGCCUCCUCCCUCUGAACUUGUUACCUUGGAGCUGAGCUGUCAGAAUGUUAAAAAGAAAAAAGAAAAAAAGAAAAAAGAGUAGCUUUAUAAUCUCUGGGCCCUCAUUAUGUAAAAUGGCAUGGGAGGAGCUUUGCUUCUCUCUCUCUCUCUCUCUCUCUCUCUCUCUUUGAGAUUUCUGCAUCGGAGAAACUGACUGUACACAAAUAAGAGAGGGAGGCAGAGAGAAGCUGAAGCAAAGUUGCUGUCCAGAGAGAGAGAGAGAGAGAGAAACUGAGGUGUGUGUCUUGCCCCAGGACCUCUGCUCCUUAAGUGUCUGGUGAACGUGACGGCGUAAAUGUUUCUGGCCUGGAGGACGAGGACAACGUGGCUUCUUGCCUACCUCCCACUCUUUUAACAGAAGCCACGGGAGUGAAUCGGCUGAGAUGUGAUCCUAUUGUGGCUCUUGGGAUUCUGGAUAGUAGACUUCCAAAUCAUGGGAAGAGAGCCCAACCCUGAGCCUCAGGAAGGCCGAUAGCUCCGUGGUGGGACGCACACUUGGCAUGCGGAAGGACCCAGGUUCAGUUCCCGGCGUAUCCCACUAAAACUACCUCAAGUAGCAGAGCUCAGAAAGAGCUCUCCACCUUGGAAAGCUGCUGCCUGCCAGAGUCCUAGAUGGACCAAUGGCCUGACCCAGUAUGAGACAGUUUCAUAGAUCCACCUUCACGGGAUUAUGCUAUUGCUAGGACUGAAUUCUGGGCCAGAAUUUCUAUGGUGGCUCCUUCUGACAAUUUGCACACGUGUCUUGAACGGGUUGAGAGGGCUGUGACCCUCCCGUUUGGCUCCAGCAACUAUGGAAACCAUGCUCACUGAUUCGGGACGGCCAGAAGACCCUUUCCCAGGGAAGGCGAGAUGUCCACACUUCCUUUCCGCAAACAUCGUUGCGGUUGUGGAAAGGUGUAUGAGUUCCAUGCAAGCUGGGACCCAGAUGAUCAAACUCCGGGGCAGUUCCAAAGGGCUCGUUCGUUUCUACUAUCUCGACGAACACAAGUCCUGCAUUCGCUGGAGACCUUCGCGGAAGAACGAGAAAGCCAAAAUCUCCAUCGAUUCGAUCCAGGAGGUGUGUGAAGGCAAGCAGUCGGAGAUCUUCCAGCGUUACGCGGAUGGCAGCUUUGACCCCAACUGCUGCUUCAGCAUCUACUAUGGAGACCACAUGGAGUCCCUCGACCUGGUGUCGUCCAGCGGAGAGGAGGCCCGGACCUGGAUCACGGGCCUCAAGUACCUGAUGGCCGGAAUCAGCGACGAAGACAGCCUGUCGAAACGGCAGAGGACAAGAGACCAGUGGUUGAAGCAGACCUUUGACGAGGCAGACAAGAACGGGGACGGCAGCCUCAGUAUCAACGAGGUUCUCCAGCUGAUGCACAAACUCAACGUCAACCUCCCCCGGCAGAAAGUCAAGCAGAUGUUCAAGGAGGCCGAUACAGAUGACAACCAGGGAACGCUGGACUUCGACGAGUUCUGCGCCUUCUACAAGAUGAUGUCGACCCGGCGUGACCUGUACCUGCUCAUGCUCACCUACAGCAACCACAAGGACUACCUGGAUGCUGACGACCUGAAACGCUUCUUGGACACUGAGCAAAAGAUGGUUAACGUGACUAAGGAUCAUUGCCUGGAAAUCAUCAGCCAGUUUGAACCAUGUCCGGAGAACAAGAAGCAAGGAGCCCUUGGGAUUGAUGGGUUCACCAACUACAUGCGCAGCCCGGCUGGGGAUAUCUUCAACCCGGAGCAUUACCACGUCAACCAAGACAUGUCCCGCCCGCUGAGCCACUACUUCAUCACCUCUUCUCACAACACCUACCUCAUGGGGGACCAGCUGAUGUCUCAGUCCCGGGUCGACAUGUACGCCUGGGUCCUGCAGUCAGGAUGCCGUUGCGUGGAAGUGGACUGCUGGGAUGGACCCGACGGCGAGCCCAUCGUCCACCACGGCUACACCUUGACCUCCAAGAUCCUCUUUAAAGACGUCAUCGAGACCAUCAACAAGUAUGCCUUCAUCAAAAGCGAAUACCCCGUCAUUUUGUCGAUCGAGAACCACUGCAGCGUUGCCCAGCAGAAGAAGAUGGCCCAGUAUCUCAUGGAGAUUCUGGGGGACAAGCUGGACCUGUCUUCAGUGAGCAACGAAGACCUCACCCAACUGCCUUCCCCGGAGAACCUCAAAGGGAAAAUAUUAGUCAAGGGGAAGAAGCUGCCAGCCAACAUUAGCGAGGAUGCAGAGGAAGGAGAAGUGUCUGACGAGGACAGCGCCGAUGAGAUUGAUGAUGACUGUAAACUAAUGAAUGGCGAUGCCUCCUCGAAUCGGAAGCGAGUGGAGAACAUUGCAAAAAAGAAAUUGGACUCCCUGAUCAAGGAAUCCAAAAUCCGUGACUGUGAAGACCCAAAUAAUUUUACAGUUACCACCUUGCCGUCGUCUGGGAAACCCGGCCAUAAGCAUGAUCUGAAGAAGAGCAAACACGAGGACGAUGCAGAAUCCGGGGAAGAUUUGGUCGCCAACAAGCGCCACAACCGAUCGCUGAUGGGCAGCUUUUCCAAGCGCAAGAAAAAAGGCAGCAAGCUUAAAAGGACCUCGAGUCUGGAGGAGGGAGAAGAUGACCUUGACUGUCAAGGAAACAUCGCCAGGGGUUCAGUGCAUUACAGCAAGACCAACAGGCAGAAGAAAACCAUGCAGCUAUCCCGUGCACUCUCAGACCUGGUGAAAUACACAAAAUCUGUUGGGAUCCAUGAUGUGGAAUCUGAAAUCUCUUCUAGCUGGCAGGUGUCCUCCUUCAGCGAGACGAAAGCUCACCAAAUUCUCCAGCAGAAACCGGCCCAGUAUCUGCGUUUCAACCAACGCCAACUGUCCCGCAUCUAUCCGUCCUCCUAUCGGGUGGACUCCAGUAACUACAACCCGCAGCCCUUCUGGAACGCCGGCUGCCAACUGGUUGCACUGAACUACCAGUCGGAUGGGCGAAUGCUGCAGCUGAACCGGGCCAAGUUCAGUGCCAACGGGAAUUGUGGCUACGUCCUCAAGCCCAGGUGCAUGUGUCAAGGUGUCUUCAACCCAAACGCGGAAGACCCGCUGUUCAGCCAGAUGAAGAAGCAGCUGGUGUUGAGGAUAAUCAGCGGACAGCAGCUACCGAAGCCCCGAGACUCCAUGCUUGGAGACAGAGGGGAGAUCAUCGACCCAUUUGUGGAAGUGGAGGUGAUUGGCUUGCCCAUGGACUGCUGCAAAGAACAGACGAGAGUCGUCGAUGACAACGGCUUCAACCCCAUGUGGGAAGAAACCCUGGUGUUCUCUGUAUGCAUGCCGGAAAUCACGCUUGUCCGGUUCCUGGUGUGGGAUCAUGAUCCCAUCGGGAGGGACUUCAUUGGGCAGAGGACGAUAUCGUUUACGAGCAUGAUGCCAGGUUAUCGGCACGUGUAUUUGGAAGGCAUGGAGGAGGCAUCCAUCUUUGUCCAUGUAUCUGUCCAUGACAUAUGUGGUAAGGCCAAGCAACCUCUGGGCUUAAAAGGUCUCUUUCUCAGAAAUCCAAAGCAGGCCUCUCUAGACAGUCAUGCUGCUGGCCAACUCAACCGCAAACACUCCUUUAGCAGCCACCUCUUACGGCGGACAGCCAGCGCGCCCACCAAGAGCCAGAAGAAGACGAAGAAGGGCUUCCCCGAGAUCGCCAUCGACACCAAAGACAACAGCUCGGAAGGGGCGAGCGAGGACCACGCACUGGAAGACUCCUCCCACCCUCGUUUCGACCAAGAGCCGGGGUGCGCAUCCCCGGCGCCUUCUCUCCGAGACGGCGCCCUCCGGGAGGCUUCAGGCAAGGGGGUGAAAGGUAAGGCCCACAGUGUUGGCAAGGGUAAAAGCAGCCCAAGCCGAGUGGACAGGGACGCCGCCUUCAGCGAGCCCAUCCGGAGGUCCCACCGGGUCCGUCUCCAGGAGCCGCCCGACGAGAAGCCGAGCGUCUUUGCCCGCUGCACCAUCAACGGAUCGGGUAGGGUUGGCAUGGCCACCAACUGCAUGAAGUGCAUGCUCGGCUCCAACGAGAGCCCCGAUCUGGAGUGCAAGUGGAGCGACCACGCAGCCACCGGGCCCGCCGCCGAGGACAGCCCGCCCUGCAAUCCGUACAGCAGCCUGGCGGGCGACGGGGAGAAGUUAGAGCUCAGGAAUUGGGGGAUCCGAGAGCAGCCGCGGCCGCAGUCGGACCGGCCCUUUGGCGGCGGCUACGGGGCCGCCGAGAGCCUGCCCAGGACCUGCCAGCCCUUUGGGGCCUCAGGGAAGAAAAACAGUGACCCUAAAAGCCACGGGGCGAAAGGUCACUCCCGGCAGCGGUGGCAAGCUCAGCCCGGCGGCAAAUACGGGAGCACGGUCAACUUGGUGGCGGCCAGCAAUGGCUCCGUCUCCUCCGACUCCAGCAGCCUGGAGAGCCUCGCGAGCCCCGAAUUCCCCAAACGCUGCUCCGAGAGCUCCCGGAAGCAGGCAGGCACCCUUCAGAGGGAAAUGAAUGCCUUGUUUGCGGAAAAAAUGGAGGAAAUUCGCAGUAAAUCCCCUAUAUUCUUUACUGAUGUCCGCCAAUACUCGAUGCAGAGGUCAAUCACGUCAUUAUGCAACCUGGAGACGAUCAGUGAGGAGCCCUUGGUUGCCAACGAGAACCAGCCCACCAGCACUUGCUUUCCUCUCCCCGAGACCCCUGCCAGUUAUCCCAAGCCAGGGAACGUGCCCCAUGGCUCUCAUGAAGACUGGGCGGAAGGCAACGGACUACCCAAUCGGCUCAAGGGUCUUCCUCUUCCACAGUGCACCGUGGUGGCCGCGGAGGAGAAAACACGACCUGCCCCCAGCACCGCCGCCACCGCACGGAUUCUGCGACAGGAGUGUCUUAGGCAAAGCACCACCAAAGAUGAUGAUGGCUGGAAGGGGGCAUACAGCAAUGGGGACCAGUCCGGUUUACAAGCUCAGGACCACAUUACGUUAGCCAGCCAUUGGCCCUGUCCUGCCGGAAGUUGUCAGAAGCAGAGAGAUGUUGCAGAGGAAGAGCAGAUAGAUGUUGAAAGAGCGGAGGAGGGCAGCGCCGUGUCAGGCCAGCCACGCCAGGGCCACAGGGGCCACGCCACUGCGCCAACGCCACCUUGCGGAUCUCUCCAAAUAACUCAAGCUGCCGGCGCCUCCAUGCCUCAGGUGGUUGUGAGGAGGUCAAAGAGUGAAGGGUACAAACUUUGCGACUGUUCAGGCUCAACGAGGUAUCCCGGCGGCUUCUCCCCGGCUGCGGAAGUGUACUCCGAUGCCACCGUCAACGACCGCAUCUGGAGCAAGUUGGACUCCGGCAGCCACAGGGACAGCAUGUCUUCCUCUUCCAGCAUGUCCUCCAACGAUACAGUCAUUGACCUUUCCUUGCCCAACCUUGCUCAGAAAAGCCUUCCUGACCUCUGUGCCCGGUGUGAGAAUUUUGAGGUCCUCCCCGAGCAAAGAGGCACGCGCCCCUGGUCGGCGAGCGCAGCAUCCGGGCGCGACAUGCCCACGGUGACCAAGAGCAAAUCCAACCCAAACUUGAGGGCGAGCCAAGCGACGGAGGACGAGCUGUGCCCUCGGCCACUGGCCCGGGCUCCUGAAAUGGGGUCGUCGGCCAUUCCCAGAAGACACACCUGGAGCCGGCUGUACAUGGAGACCCUCAAGCAGUCUUGCUUGAAGGCCCAACGCCCGGAGAAAGCCGAGACCAAUCCGGCCAAAUCGAAGAGCCUCGGCGACCUGACCUCCGACGACAUCGCCUGCGCCUUCGAGGGCAAGUACCGGAGCAUCAGCCGCGGCUUCGUCACCCGCUCCAUGAGAGAGCAGCGCCGCCAGGCGGCCGCCAGGUUCUCGGCGAAGCCCCCGGACAAGCUCACCGAACGCUUGCGGAAGCUGACCACCUUUCAGCAGGAGGACGACAUCACUUCCCCCACCAGCCUCGAGCCAAUUGAGUCGGAGGAGGAGGAGGAAGGGGCGGGCCUCCUCCGAAGGUCCUCCUCGCGCAGCCAGAGCCGGGUGCGCUACAUCGCCAACCGGGCCCGGCAGGCGCAGGAGAGGCUGAGGCUGAAAAGCUUAGAGCUGGCCCAGGGGAGUCCCAUUGAGGAGAGAGGGAACCCCGAAGGGGCCUGCUGCUUCCCCAGAGGCGCCUGCAUGGACGCGACGUCCCCCGGCCUGUUUACACCCCCACCCAAGACCCACGCGGACUUGAACCACCGUGAUGCCCAGGUCGUCUUUAUGUUCAAACUCUAACCCUGGGAAGGGCUCCACGAGGUUGAUGUUUACAUGCCUGCCAGAGCAAAACCAACAGAACAUUUUUUUUUUAAAUAACAAAAACAAAACGCACACCGUGCAAGAAAGCCCUUGUUUCUAGCUAUUCCAAGAUCCUCCUUCCUCCUCCUUCCAGCCUCCCAAAGAUGUGUGUAUGUGUGUGUGUGUGUGUGUGUGUGUGUGUGUGUGUGUGUGUGUGUGUGGUCUGUAGCAUUCAAUGUGGGAAGGGGGUACCUCGAAUAGUCAUAAGGGGGAACAGAUCCUGGCAAUACCCCCCGACGAUCCCUAGGAAGCAUGUCCACAUUUGUGAAUGGUGAUUCUCUCCUCUUCUUUGCGGCCCCGUCUUUCUUGGGUGACCCUCUUGGUAUGACAGAGUCCUCCACACACGACCGAGUUCACACUGCCACUUUCGGACGGCAUCAGGUACUGCCUUAACCUUCCCGCAUGCACCUGCUUUGCAUGCCGAAGGUCCCAGGUUCAUUCCCUGGCAGCAUCUCCUGGUCAAGUUGGAAAAGAGUCACGAUUGAAAUCCUGGAGAGCUGCUGCCAGUCAGUGUAGACAAUACUGAGCUAGCUGGACCGAGGGUCUGACUCAGUAAACAGCAGUUCUUAAAAGGAGGGCAUUGGCUCCCCCUUUUCAAACAGGGGCUCCCCAGUUUUUAAAAAGGGGUCAUGACUCAUUGGUAAAUGCAUGCUCUGCUUACAAAAGGUUCCGUUUUCGGCAUCUCCAGGUAGGGCUGGGAAAGGCCAGUGUUUGAGACCCCGGAGAGCUGCUGCCAAUCAGUGCUAGACAAUACUGAGCUAGAUGGACCAAGGGUCUGACUCAGUAGAAGGCAGCUUCUUAUUUUCAUAUGUAUGUUCCUAUGAACAUUUUGCCAAGAUGAGUGGGUGAUGUCCCCCAUCCCCAACCCAAAUGUCGGCACUUAUGGUCCGGUCCAUGUGAAUAUAAUUUAGAGAUUUAUCCUGUCCCUAACCCUUUCCCAAAUCUGGCUUUCUUUUUAUGCCAUCUUAAAUCUGUCUCAGUCACAUGUAAAGUGGGUGGCGGGUAUCCAAUUCUUAGCGAGGGCGAGUGGGUGAGGAAAGCUAAAUUCUCCUCUGCUGCUUGCUUACCUCCCCUAGCUUCCACCACCCCAAGAAUUUUGCUCUCUGCCAAGCUGCCAACUUGACUGGAGGAGAAAGGGGCCUUUGGGCAAUUCUAAUGGUAACGGAAUCAGGCAUGUUACCACUUCUCCCAUGGCUGUACCCAUAAGCAAAUUUUCAAGUUGAUAUUGUCAAGAGAACAUCUUCUACUUUAAGGCUCUAUUUUUGCAAAUCCUUUCAAUAUUAUUGUGUAUGAAUGGUGCAAAAUACAGCAGUAACAGAAUCAGAAUUUUGGACAUCAUUUCUGAUUCCGUUACUGCUGUAUUUUGCACAUUUCAGAUGCUAUCCAUAUUAUUUAAGGGUAUUGCAAAAAUACAAUCUUAACACGGGAGCUGUUCUCUUGCCAGUGGUGGUACAGAAUAUCAACUUGAAAAUUUGCUUAUGGUAAACGUUAUUGAAAAAGUGGCAACUUGCCUGAUUCCAUGACCCUCCGAAUUGUUUCUUUGGGUGAGGGAACAGCCAGCAAAGAUAGUAACCUACAGGCACAGGGAAGGAGUUAGCACAUCAUCCACACAGCCCGUUUAGUCUAAAAUGUGGAUUCUCCCACAGCAACUUUGUAUUUGUCCUGCAUUUUAAAGGAAGAGGCCUGCUACCGUCUUAAUUUGGCCCUCAGUUUUGUCCUGGCGGUUCCGGCUUCAGUUGUGACCCCUACUCCCAGAGCUUUCCGUCCACACUCUUUGCCAAGCGGACUUGCAGGCUGUUAUUUCAGAGCCAUGCAGACUCACACCAGAAGACACUCUCAACUCUGCAACUGAUAGAGGCAGUCAAAACUCUUUUCUCCUGUGAUCGUUUUAUCCAAUGGUUCAGUGAAGGGAGAGGUCCUGCCAUUUGACAAGCAAUUUUGAGCCCCUAUUAAAAAAUUCCCAUUUCUCUCCAUCCAUUUUCCUUUUUCUGUUCAUCAAUUCCUCCUUCCCUCUUUCCAUCAAUCCAUUUUUUCUCCCUCAAUUUUUUCCAUCUAUUUUUCUUCUUCUCUACAUCAAUGAGAUUAUUUGUUUAGCCAGCCAUAACAAAAAGAUAUUAGAUUCCUUUUUCCUUUUUCCUUGUUUUCUUUUAUUUUUUUUUUCCUUUUCCAUUUUUCCUUUUCCUUCCAGUAAGGGGUUGGGGCAGCCAAUAAAAGAGGCACCCGACGUUUCUCUUUCUCUUGGUUUAGCUCCAUAACUCCUGAAAACAUUAUUUCCCAGAAAUAAGGAGUAAAACAAAACCAUUCUGUGAUACUUUAAAGAGUCAGCUGUACAUAGCACUUGCGGAAUGACUUUCCCCUGUUGGUUUCUUGUUUAUUUUGCACUGCCACGCAAAAUCCAUUUAAAAAAAGAAAUUAUAUUUAAAACAAAUUAGACAUUAACUCUGUUUAGAGUUAAACAGAAUAACCUUUUAAAACACUAUUUGUUUUUCUUUUCUUUUUCAUAAUUAUCAUUUAUUAUAAUGGAUGUAUAUUUUAUUGGGGAAGAAAAUGGGGAGGGAGAAUGUUUAUGAAGAUGCAUUUAAAAAAAAAAUAUGAAAACUUACUUUAAUUUUUGGCCCUUGUGGUAUGGGGCUGGGCGGGGCGGGGGGACUGAGGGCUUUUUUUUUUUUUUUUUUUUUUUGGUGGGUUGGUUUGUAACAUUUCUCUCAGUAUAUUGCAAAUAAUUUAAAAUUUAUUUGUAAAACUAUCGGACGCUACACAAAAUAAAGAUUAUUUAACCUAUUCGCCUCUGGAUCCACAGAAUAAAGAUUUGAUUCUUUGGGCCCCCCCCCCCUUGAAACCGAUUCCUUCUUUCCUGAACUUAAGCUCUGUUAAUUGGGCCAAGAGGCACCAUUUUGAGAGGGGUCCCUCUUCUGAUCAGCAGCUGUCCUUAUGCAGUUCUGCAUCCUUCCCAGUGGCUGUUGCUGGGGUCUGCCUUGCCUUCUGAAGACCGUGGGCCCUUUGGGGGCAGAGAAGCGGGUUUAGGAUCUCUUGUGGCACACAGUUUGGGAAUCACUCCUGCAAAUGGCCCAAGGAGCUCUUCUUAAAGUGCGGCCUCUCGUAGGAAGGGGAGAGCAACUAUCCCUAUUCAACCCAGCUCAGCGUCCCUCCCAGUGCAGGCUCUCUUAGGAAGGGGAGAGCAACUAUCCCUAUUCAACCCAGCUCAGCGUCCCUCCCAGUGGCUGUUGCUGCGGUCUCCCUUAUAUCUCUUUUUAGAUUGUGAACCCUUGGGCGUCCUCCUGUGGCCCAUGGUUUGAGAAUUAUCCCUGCCAGCUGGGCGCAAAGAGGCACCUUUUUAAAGAUGGCGGCCUUCUUCUACUGAGUAUAGCAUCUCAGUAUAGCAUCCCCCCAGUCGCUCUGGCUGGGGUCUCUCUUGGUUGUCUUUUUCAACCCGUCUUUGGGCCAGGGAGCCAUCUUCUCGUUCCUCUUGCUCCAUAAACUGCCUUGAGAAUGUGUGGUUGGUGAGAAGUGCUAUAUCAGUAUAUUAAAUAAUAAUAUCCAUUGAUAAUCCGAAACUCAUCUGUGCAGGGACGUUCUCCUGCAAAGUCCAUUGAAAUGAAAGGAGCACCAUGAGAGCGGUGCAUUUCAGUGAGGUCCCAGAGAACUUCCUGGGGAAGGUCUCUGGACGGGCUCAGCCAUGGAAUCACCGUAUCGGAAUCAGAACCUCUUGAUUAAGUGUUCUUAUUCGUUAACCCCCAUUAGAGUGACACUUCUAUUAGUUAACCCCUGCUAAGUGAACAAAGAGACGCCUUUUUAAAUGGUGGUCCUCUUAUAUUUAACUGGGGGAGAGCAACUGGUCCUAUCCGUCCCCAGCACAUCAUCCUUCCAGUGGCUGUUGCUGGUAUCUACCUUAUGUUCCUUUUUUAGAUUGUGAGCCCUUUGGGGACAGGGAGCCAUUUUAUCCAUGUAUUAUUUAGCUUGCUAUGUCAACAGUAUGAAGUAUAUAAAUAUUUGUAGUUGUGACAGUAAUAUUCAUUUAUUAUGCAUUUUUCUUUGUAAAUAGUGUUGAGAACUUUUGUUGAAAAGUGGCAUAUAAAUUUUUGUAGGAGAAGCAGCAGCUAAGGGUGCUAGCAGAUGUUACCUUAAGUAUAUGCUUUGCAAGCACUUGGGCUUGUUUGUUUAUUUGAGGCUGAAAAGUACUUAGAUUUGCACUGUGAUGGGGGUAUAUGGAAGGCUUGAACCUUCCCUUCCUCCCCAAUCAUUGCAAAAGACUCCACAAUAUGCUCUCCAAAAUUCCUAUGGGAACCCUUUUGUUCUGCAAUGGCAAAGAAACUAAGAACACAAGAACAGCCCUGCUGGAUCAGGCCCAAGAAUGCCCAUCUAGUCCAGCAUCCUGUUUCCCACAGUGGCCCACCAGAUGCCUCUGGGAAGCCUACUAGCGAGAACUGAAGGCAGGCACUCUCUCCUGCUGUGAAUCCCCUGCAACUGGUGCUUAGAGGCAUCUUGCCUCUGAGGCUGGAGGUGGCCCGCAGCCACCAGACUAGUAGCCAUUGGCAGACCUGUCUUCCAUGAAUGUACCUCAACCCCUCUUCAAGCCAUAUCCAGGCUGUCGGCUGUCACAACAUCUUGUGGCAGAGAAUUCCAACGGUUAAUUAUGUGCUGUGUGAAAAAAGUACUUCCAUUCGUUGGUUCUGAAUUUCUGGACCUUCAAUUUCAUGGGAUGACCCCUGAUUCUAGUGUUGUGAGAGAGGGAGAAAAACUCCCUCUCUGUCCACUCGCUCUGCCCCAGGCAUAAUCUUAUACACCGCAAUCAUGUACCCCUGUGGUCGCUUCUUUUCCAAACUAAAGAGCCCUAGCUGCUGUAGCCUUGCCUCAUAAGGAAGGUGCUCCAGGCCCCUGAUCAUCUGGGUUGCCCUCUUCUGCACCUUCUCCAGUUCUACAAUGCCCUCCUUAAGAUACAGUGAUCAGAACUGUACACAAUACUCCAAAUGUGGCCGCACCCUAAUUUUGUAAAAGAGCAUUUGUGAGGCCUGUAGGUCAGCUCUGACUGCCUUCACCGUCUCUGGCAUCUGCAUUGAGAUCUAACCACCUCUGCCAAAGGUCCAUGUGAGGAUGGAUGCUCUGCUUAUGCAGGAAGAGAGAAAGGAGAUAUGGCAGUGUCUUUGGAGGGUGAUACGAAUCCUCAGAGGUGUGGUCUAAAACUCCACGGCUUGGUACUGCUUCUAAUUCUAGGGCCAUUAGCCUGUGGCGGUCACCAAUGCAAGAGAUCGUCCAUCACAAGCCAGCUCAGGAGCAGUGGCCAAGCACAGGAUUAUUUUUAAAUAUACUUACAUACCAUUUUUCAACAACCAAAUCUCCCAGCAGGAUAAAUCGCAAAAUAAAACAGAAGGCCGUCCCCUGCUCCAAAAGCUGUGGCAAAAUUCUGCUCCCUGAGACCUCGAAGAGCUAUUUUCCUGACCGAGCUUUUAAGAAUGGGCUCGCUCGCUCUCUCUCUUAAAGGAUCCUCCCAGCACUGAGAAAAAUGCACAACUGUAAGGAAGUCAGCCCGGCGGGAAAUGGCUCUCACAUUGAAAGUGGGUUUAGGGUGGUGGGUGGUUUUUUUGUUUUGUUUCCUUUUUUUUUUUUGCCAAAGUGGCCCCCACUUGAAAAACAAUGAUGAUCACUGCUCCAGAUCCUGAUGAUACCAGCAAGAUCUGUCACCAUCUGCCAGAGCGAUCUUUGUUGUUGUAGCCAACCCUCUUGCGUGGAGACACCAGACCCCUUUCCCCUUGUUUUGCAAAGCCCUGAACUGAAGAUUUCUGACUCCUUGAUGCCUGAAUACACAAAGUAAACAGAUUCCCCCUCUUUCCCGCUUGUGUGAAUCGACGUGAAGAUCCUUUCCAAGCCCGAGGGGAACAUCUCUUUCCACCCUCGCCGCUUUCCAAAAAUGCUUCCCACUUCUUUUUUUAACUCAGAGAAUACCUUUCUCUGGACAAAGGAGCCGCAGUAACUUUUGCUACGACCCUACGAUGUCCUUCAAGUCCGGGACGGAUCUUGCCAAGGGGGGAAACUGAAUGAUGGGCCGAAAUUCGUCCCAUAUUGUCAUCAGAAUAAAGCGGCUCUCAUUAAUAUUCGAGAGGCACCAGCUCAAAGUCUGCUGCCAUUUUGCACCGGCCUGAAAGACUUUGUUGGGGGGGGGGGGGCUGUCUGUCUUAUACGUAAAACCAGAACACAAGAUGUUGGGCUCGGAAGCAGAGGAAUGACCGUCCACACAACGUCCCCAUCCAAACCAAAGUUUGCUCUUCUUCGUAUCCAUGCACCUUGCAUUCACCUGAUUGACUGCUGUAUACAUUCCGGAUUUCUUUAGGAAAAAAAAGUUUAUCUUGUUGUUUUUCAUAAGCACUCAAAGCAACCACCUCCAAGGGUGCAUAUAAAGCAGUGGGGCCCUUAGAAAUAUUUAGUAUUCUGCUCGGCCCUCCACAGACGGAGCAGGCAGAAGGCAGGGGACCUGUAGGCGGGGUGGCGGCGGCAGCUAGGGAAGCCCUAAAUGCACCCACCCCCAAUUAUUUUUUUCCUGCCUCCUCCUAAAGUUUUCACAAAUGAAUAACUUUUGAACGGCUUUAUUGGAAUGAAAUGGAGGGCAACCAAGUUUGUUAAACGUGCCCCCUUUUUUUUUUUUUUGUGCCUGCCCCAAACAAGACCACAAGAGGUGGUCUUGUGGGAGCAAGCAUGAAUUGUCCCCUUUGCUAAGCAGGUUCUGCCCUGGUUUGCAUUUGGAUGGGAGACCACAUGUGACACUGUGAGAUAUUCCCUUUAGGGGAUGGAGCCGCUCCGGGAAGAGCAUCUAGGUUCCAAGUUCCCUCCCUGGCAGCAUCUCCAAGACAGGGCUGAGAGAGAUUCCUGCCUGCAACCUUGGAGGAGCUGCUGCCAGUCUGUGAAGACAAUACUGAACUAGAUGGACCUGUGGUCUGACUCGGUAUGGCAGCUUCCUAUGUUCCUGUGUGUUAGGCUGGCUGUGGGCCUGGAAGGCAGCGCAAGAAACGUCCAAUUUGGUUUUCCUAAAAAGAGUGAGGUUUCUGGUCCUCAUGCUUGCAAAGAUAGCAAAUAUUUUGCAUUUAUUUCAGGCUUCUGAGUGUUCCAGACAUUUUGCAGACCUCAUCUUGUCAUCCACUCGACAGGGGAGAGAAGGGGGAAAGUAGGCCAAGUGAAUGCUGGGGACCCGUAACUGGAUCUCCAGUUUAUUGGAUUCUCCGUAAGAAGCAGCCACGGAGAAGUGGGUUUGGAUGUGACCGGGAGAAGAGGGAGGGAAAUCGGAACCAGUUCUCUUGAUAAAAAUGACUGUCAGCAUUGCUAUUUGCCCAAAUGAGGAGAACGGAUGUAACUUUCCCCCAAAGCUGCGUCCAGGCAGGGAGUGAUUUUCAUUAGGAAGCAACGUAAGGGAAAGGGUUAUUUCCUCUUUCCCUGCACCAUGGAACAAUUUUCAAAAAAUCUGGGGUUUUGAGGCAUGCCAGGAGCGAUCAUCUGAUACGCCUUGAACUGCCUGGGGGUUAUUUUUUUUUAAUGAAAGGCAGUAUAUACAUUUAUCUUUUAAGGAAGGAAGCAAACCUCAGCAAGGGGAAAUAUCUUCAGUCCUAGACAAAAGGGCCCGGGGUCCUUAGCUGUUUGCUCUCAUUAGUGGACGGUUGUGAGAAAUCCUGAGAUGAUGACGACUUCCACUGCUCACCUGGGUCUCUCUUGAGGAGGAAAUGACCAGCUCUCCAAGGCAGAUGGGGCACGAAGGACCUCGCACAGCAGAAAAGUGACUCUGGUCCCCCCAGAGUGCAGCCAAGGAAGACCGUGGAGCAGAGUGCAGGUAUGGCAGGGGAAGGAGAAUUCAAUGUUGGGUAUUUCACAUCUUCAGGAGAAGAGAACCAGUCUUGUGGUAGCAAGCAUGACUUGUCCCCUUAGCUAAGCAGGGUCCACCCUGGUUGCUUAUGAAUGGGAGACUAGACGUGUGAGCACUGCAAGAUAUUCCCCUUAGGGGAUGAAGCUGCUCUGGGAAGAGCAGAAGGUUUCAAGUUCCCUCCCUGGCUUCUCCAAGAUAGGGCUCAGAGAGAUUCCUGCCUGCAACCUUGGAGAAGCCACUGCCAGUCUGUGAAGACAAUCCUGAGCUAGAUAGACCAAUGGUCUGACUCAGUAUAUGGCAGCUUCCUAUGUUCUUUCCACCUUUCCAAGAUGAUGACUGGAUCGCUUAGCAGGGGGCCACAGCUUAGUGGGUAGGGUAUCCUAAAGCUCUGAGGUGGAAAGACCUCAACCCAAGAUUUCAGAAAGCCGCUGCCAGUUGAAUGAGACAAACGUAGACUUCAUUGAUUGAUUGUUUGAUUGCUUGAUUGUUAAAUUUAUAUACCGCCUUUCAUUAAAACAAUCCCAAGGUGGUUCACACAGAAAAAUUAAAACAAGACUAUAAAAAUACACAAUUAAAAUAUUAAGCUAAAAUAUUAACACAUAAAUAUGACUAAAAAGAUUUAAAAUGCAAGCAUUAAAAAGCAUACAGAAUACAGGAAGCAAUCAUAUAAAUGAGAUGAGGCCUCUCUGGGAAGAGCAGCUGCCUGCUUGCAUGCAUGCAGAUUUAGGAAUAUAGGAAGCUGCUGUUUGCUGUUUGCUGAGUCAGACCCUUGGUCCAUCUAGCUCAGUACUGUCUACCCAGACUGGCAGCAGUGUCUCCAAGGUUGAAGGCAGGAGUCUCUAUCUGCCUUAUCUUGGAGAUGCCAGGGAAAGUGCUUGGAACCUUCUGCAUGCAUGCAAGCAGGCCUGUGCUCCUUCCAGAGAGGCCUCCUCUCCUAAGGGGAGUGCUCACACGUCUCCCAUUCAAAUGAAAACUAGAGUGGGCCUUGCUUAGCAAAGGGGACACGUCAUGCUCACGACAACUCCCAUCAUCCCAGCCACAAUGGCCAAAGGUUCCUUCCCGCAUUCAGUCAUGAGAGGCCCCCUAGCUCUGAACUGAAGCAUAUGCUUGAGGUGGAAUGCCCCUGCUUUGGGCCGCCUCACAUUCUUAUCCCUCCAAAGGAGAGCCAGCGUGGUGUAGUGGUUAGAGUGCUGGACUAGGACCAGGGAGACCCGAGUUCAAAUCCCCCUUCAGCCAUGAGACUAGCUGGGUGACUCUGGGCCAGUCACUUCUCUCUCAGCCUCUAACCUACUUCACAGGGUUGUUGUGAGGAGAUACUUAAGUUUGUAGUACACCACUCUGGGCUCCUUGGAGGAAGAGUGGGAUAGAAAUGUAAAAAUAAAUAAAUAAAAUUGAACUGAACGUUCUCUGUUGACUUCUUCUGGCUCUGCCCAACCUGUAUUCGGUCGGGCAGAGCCUAAAGUAGUCAACAGAGAAUUUUCGGCUCGAAUCUGGAGGGAGACCGAAUGCGGGGGACCCCGUGUGUGUGUUUCCCUUUCCCUUGUGAGCAGAUGUGGAGUUGAAAGCUGUCU